UUGUGUUUUGUAUGUGUGUAGACUAGAAUUCGAAGCAGCCGGCCCGUGUUUUGCUCUGAGAUUCACUACACUCACUCCUUGCUCUCUCGUCUAUUUAUCUAUGGAGGAGAAGGGUCUGUCAUCACUCAUCAGUGUCACUCAGAUCGUGCCGGUGUAAUAGAUUUUGUGUUUCGUUUCACUUGAUUUUUGGUACACUGUGUCGUGUGUGACUGUGAGUGUCACAGUGUGGUGAGAUUUUUGUACACAAAAAAACACACGGAGAGAGCAGAGAGAAAGGAGAGAUGCCACCGACGCUGUCCGAAGAUGAUUGCCGGUCCGGAAGUUUGUCAGGAGGCGUGGCAGCCCAGAUUACUCAGACAUUGAAGGAGCGUAUCAUGAUCUUUGAUGGAGGGAUGGGAACCAUGAUCCAGGGACUUCACUUUGAUGAGGAGGCCUUCCGUGGGGAGAUGUUCAAGGAUCACCCCAAGUCCCUCAAAGGAAACAACGACAUUCUUGUCUUCACUCAACCGGAGGCUAUCUACAAAAUUCACAAGGACUAUUUGGAGGCGGGUGCAGACUUUGUUGAAACAAAUACCUUCAGUGGAACAAGAAUUGCUCAGGCAGACUAUGGCAUGGAGAAUAUGACCUACAGGCUAAAUAAAGUGGCUGCGGAGCUGGCCAAGCGGGCUACCAGUGAGGUGGCUGCGGCUACAGGUAUACCUCGCUAUGUGGCUGGUGCUAUGGGACCUACCAACAGAACACUGUCAAUAUCACCAUCAGUAGAGAACCCAGAUUUCAGAAACAUAACAUUCGAUGAGCUUGUAGAGGCGUAUUCUGAGCAAGCUAGGGGGUUACUCGAUGGUGGCGCGGAGAUUCUGCUAGUUGAAACAAUCUUUGAUACACUCAACUCUAAGGCAGCCUUGUAUGCUAUUCAACUGCUGUUUGCUGAACAGUACCAACCUGUACCGAUCUUUAUAUGUGGGACGAUAGUUGACAAGAGUGGAAGAACUCUGUCAGGUCAGACAGGAGAAGCGUUUGUGAUAAGUGUGUCUCAUACAAACCCUUUGUGCCUAGGUUUAAACUGUGCUUUGGGAGCCACUGAAAUGAGGCCAUUCAUAGAGGCAAUCGGAAUGUGCACACCAUCGUAUGUUAUAUGCUACCCAAAUGCAGGACUCCCAAACACGUUUGGUGACUAUGAUGAAACCCCAGAGAUGAUGUCUGGUCACCUGGCUGGGUUCGCUCGAGACGGCCUGGUGAAUAUCGUUGGUGGAUGCUGUGGCACCACACCGGCACACAUCAAGGCAAUCGCUGAUGCCGUCAGGCCUUAUAAACCCAGGAUACCUCCCAUGGAGGUCUACCCUGAAGCACAGCUCUUAUCAGGUCUGGAACCGAUGGUUCUUGGAAAGCACACACUGUUUGUUAAUAUUGGUGAGAGAUGUAACGUGGCUGGCUCAAGGAAAUUCGCAAAACUAAUAACAAACGGUAACUAUGAGGAAGCACUGAGUAUAGCCAAGGCCCAGGUGGAAGCAGGAGCGCAGGUACUAGACAUUAACAUGGAUGAGGGAAUGCUGGAUGGAGUGAAAGCAAUGACAAAGUUUGUUAACCUCAUCUCAUCAGAGCCUGAUAUCUGUAGAGUACCAUUGUGCAUUGACUCCUCCAAGUUUCAGGUAAUUGAAGCAGGUCUUAAGUGCACCCAGGGGAAGUGUAUUGUGAACAGCAUCAGUCUGAAGGAAGGGGAGAAGGAUUUCUUGGAGAAAGCUCAGACUAUCAAGAGGCAUGGAGCUGCUGUUGUUAUUAUGGCGUUUGAUGAAACUGGACAGGCUGUUGAAGUAGAUCGAAAACUUGAGAUCUGCUCCCGAUCUUACCAUCUGCUCGUGGAUAAACUGAAAUUCAACCCGAAUGACAUCAUAUUUGACCCUAACAUCCUGACUAUAGCCACUGGCAUGGAGGAACACAAUGAAUAUGGCAUCAACUACAUCAAGUCAACGGAGCUUAUUAAGAGAACCCUUCCUGGAUGUAGGAUAAGUGGUGGAUUGUCCAAUCUGUCGUUUUCAUUCCGUGGCAAAGAGAAGAUUCGAGAGGCUAUGCACAGCGUAUUCCUUUAUCAUGCCAUCAAGGCCGGCAUGGACAUGGGUAUAGUCAAUGCAGGUAAUCUACCUCUGUAUGAUGACAUUGAACCCAAACUUCUUAGACUAUGCGAAGAUCUGCUUUGGAACAAAGACCCUAACACUACAGAUAAACUACUGGAUUAUGCUCAGACACUGGGUAAAGAUGCUAAGAAAGGAGUCAUAGAUGAGAGCUGGAGAAAUGGAACCGUUGAAGAGAGACUGGAAUAUUCCCUUAUCAAGGGUAUUGAUAAGUACGUUGUUGCUGACACUGAAUUGGCCAGGCAGAACUCUGUCCUCUACCCACGAACGUUAAAUGUCAUCGAGGGACCCCUCAUGAAGGGUAUGAGUAUCGUAGGGGACCUGUUUGGAGCUGGUAAGAUGUUCCUCCCUCAGGUCAUCAAGUCAGCCCGGGUCAUGAAGAAAGCUGUCGGACAUCUCAUCCCCUUCAUGGAGAAAGAGAAAGAACUAGCAAAACAAAAGAUCAAGGAAGAAACGGGCAAAGACGUCUUGCAGGACUCCUACAGUGGGACUGUAGUGGUCGCCACCGUGAAGGGUGACGUCCAUGACAUUGGUAAGAAUAUCGUGGCUGUGGUGUUGGGUUGCAACAACUAUCGAGUGAUUGAUCUGGGAGUCAUGACCCCAUGUGAUAAAAUUCUGCAGACGGCCAUUGAAGCUAAAGCAGACAUUGUCGGCCUCUCCGGUCUGAUUACGCCCUCGCUUGAUGAGAUGAUUCAUGUUGCCAAGGAGAUGGAGCGGCUUGGAUUCAAGCUUCCACUUCUGAUAGGUGGAGCCACGACAUCUAAGACUCAUACAGCCGUUAAGAUCGCACCUUGCUACUCCGCCCCUACCAUCCAUGUACUAGAUGCUUCAAAAAGUGUUGUUGUGUGUUCAUCAUUAAUGGAUAAAGAUCAGAUUGAAGAUUUCUCAGACGAUAUUAAGGAAGAAUACGAGGAAAUCCGUGAGGACCACUAUGACUCAUUGAAGGAUCGUCGAUAUCUAUCCCUAGAAGAGGCAAGAAAAAAGAAAUGUGCGAUUGAUUGGAAAACGGAGCCAGCGCCAGUUACCCCAGCCUUCAUUGGUACCAAAUCCUUCAAGGAUUAUGAUCUGAACAGGCUGGUACCCUACAUCGACUGGAAACCGUUCUUUGACGUCUGGCAGCUGAGAGGGAAGUAUCCGAACAGAGGUUACCCCAAGAUCUUCAAGGAUAAGACAGUCGGUGAGGAGGCUCGGAAGGUGUUCAACGAUGCCCAGGCCAUGUUGGAUAAGAUUAUUAACCAGAGACUCUUACAAGCUUCUGGGGUAGUCUGUAUCUAUCCGGCCUACAGCGUGGAAGACGACAUCUACGUCUUCAAGGAGGAGAUUGGGAUUGGAGACCCUAAGGCUAUAUUCUAUGGACUAAGACAACAGGCUGAGAAGGAUUCUGGGUCCAACGAGCCUUACAUGAACCUAUCUGACUUCAUCGCACCCCGUGAGUCAGGAGUCAAUGACUACAUCGGAGCGUUUGCGGUAUCGGCAGGCUUUGGUUCCAAGGAUCUAUGUGAGAAAUAUGAGAAGGAGUAUGAUGACUAUAGCAUCAUCAUGGUCAAGGCGCUGGCUGAUAGACUGGCAGAGGCCUUUGCAGAGGAAUUACAUGAGAGGCUGAGGAAGGAAUUCUGGGGAUACGGUAAUGAAGAGCUCUUGGAAACACAAGACCUUCUGAAGAUCAAAUAUGAGGGUAUCCGUCCAGCUCCUGGCUACCCAAGCCAGCCUGACCACACAGAGAAGAAAACAAUGUGGGAUCUGAUGGAGGUUGAGACCAACUGUGGUAUCCAUCUAACUGAAUCCCUCGCCAUGGAACCUGCUGCCUCCGUCUCUGGUCUCUACUUUGCUCAUCCUAAAUCAAGCUACUUCGCUGUGGGCAAGAUCACUAAAGAUCAAGUUGAAGAUUAUGCCAGCAGGAAGCAGAUGGAAGUCUCUGAAGUAGAGAGGUGGCUGGGUCCUAACCUCGCUUAUGUAUCAUCCUGAUGAGGGGACAUGUUUUUAUUCCAUUAGAGUGCCCCGAAUUUGCCAUGAAAACAAUGGUAAUGGUGGUUUCAGAAAGCAUUUGUAAUCUCAGAAAUCACUGGUGAUUUCAGAAAUCAUUGGUGAUUUCAGAAAGCAUUGGUGAUUUCUCAGCCGUAAGCUUGAUCUUAACAAAUGUAAAGUAGAAAGUUUAAGCCCAGCCUUAGUUGGUGUGGAUAUUUGUAGUUGAACUAUCUGGAAUCUGAACAGGGGCUUGGCAUGUUUUAGGUGAACUUUAUUUAUUUAUUUAAUUAAUUAGAUCCGGGAUAUAAAAUAAAUUGGACAUUCCAUUGGAUAAAAAAAUCAGGUCACAUAAAGUAAGAAGACUGCAACCGCUUUUGGAGUCCGAAUGCGUGUGAAUAAUGGUGAGCGUCUAGUUGCGUGUGCCAUUUGAAAAUCUUACCACACAAACAGACACCCAAAUUGGCACAUGCAAUAAGGUGAAUUGGGUUGAUUUAGCUAUGUUUUGAUUGUACAGUGUUAGUAUAGAGCACCCUUCUCCUGACAACAAUCAGAGCAUACUGAUCGAACUGUUGUGUUGUUAUACAUUGUACCACCGAUUCCUCAAUUUACUCAUGGUGUUACCGCAAGCCUCAACCAAUUUAUUUCAGGAUCUUUCUUUGCAUCAUUUUUUUUGUUUACACUGAAAAGUUAGCUUUAUUUUUUUCUUUUCGAGUGGCAGAGUUUCAUACAUUUUCGUGAAGGGUUUCUUAAUUAUAAACCUUCGGUGGUAUGUGAUAUGUAUUGUAGAAGUGUACAUAAAUAAGCAACUCAUUACUUGUUUUCAGGGGAAGAGUUGAAAAUUACUUUGUUUGUUAACUUUAUGAUUAAUGUUGGGACACAUUCAAUAAUCUAUCUUUCACUUAUUGUAUAUUUCAUUGUUCUUUUUAUGCGCUAAGAGGAUUUUGCAUUAGCCGCUUUACAAAUGUCUUUAUUAGUUUUAUUUUUAUUGUUCUCUGAAAUACUAUUUUACAUCCUUCAUAUUAAAUGCAAUGCGCUUUGUCUUAAAGCAAACUUGAAUACUCGGUUUUGAUUGGCCAAUGCAUAGCAAUAAGUGUGUGAUAUUAUCUUAUAUUGCUUGGGCCACAUCAAAUCCUGUUUUUUCAUGCUGUUCUAAUUCUGCUUAUCCUAGCUGUUAUGAGCAACGCAUUAAGUUUGCUUGAAGUUAAUUUUGUUAUCGCAUUUGUGCUUGUGGAAUACAGAAAAAUAGAGGGUGUGUGCAUCCCAUUUCCAACUCGUCCUCAGAAGCGUUAUUUUUGCCUGUAUUGCACCCUCUCUUGUGUGAUAACUAGUAUAAUGUGAUAUGCAAAAUGUUUGAACUGUUGAGGUUUAUCAGCACACCAGCUCCAAAGACUAACUUGAUUCAACCUUUUCAAAAUUAAUAUUAUUUUUUAAAGGCUGUGGGUUCGAAUCUCACUGGAGUAAUAUGCCUGUGAUUUUUGGC